AGUUCGGCCUGCUUCGUCUUCUCUCCUCAAUCUGUUCCAUCACGACCGAGGUAACUUGAACUUCGCUGUGUUAUACUACUUCACGAAUCACGAUGGAAACUCUCAACCGUGUGACUCUGGUCCGUGUCCGACAUGCCCUUAGCACGCUGUGGCAAGCCGUCACUUCUCCGAUUCGGCACCCAAUGCGCUUCUGCAAUAAUAUCCGAAUAACCAGCCUCGAUAUUCUCCGACGGGCCCUUAGUCCGCUGAAGUCAGUUCUGGUGGGCUUCCUACACAGUGUAUGGAAGUCUAUUCCUGUGUCGAUUCGCAACCCAAUGCAUUCUGUGCGUUCCAGCAAUAAACUUCGGACGACUCCAUUAGGACUUCUUGCCAACGCAUUGUUGACGAUUGCACUCUGGGCAAGAUGGAUCGUAGUCGCUGUUGCACUUAGCACUCUCCUACUAGGGCUGACUCACGCCAACAACCAAGGAAUUCUGAUCACGAUCGUGGCUCUGGUUUUGGCCUUCCAAAUCUUCUUAGCAACUAAGCAAAUCAUCGCCAGUUACCGCCAGCUGCUCUGUCUGCAUGUGGAGUUGGAUCGUUUUUGGCGUCGGUCGAGCCAUUUUCGGGCACAGUACCCACUUUUGCGGGCCAAGCUUGAGAAUUCGAGACUUUGCCUCUUAUUACUUCACGACCGCAACCUCGCGCAACACGUGCUGACACUCCUGGAGUUUCAUUACGUAUUGCUACAAAUUCGAAUCAUCUCCGGUGAUCUACCACGGCCCACCUUAUUUAGCAUCAUCGAUGACGCCGAUCCGCUUGACGUUGGACCUGAGACAUGGGAAGCAGACUUGCCUAUCUAGGAGACCGCUCACCCUCACCGUGUACCCUUUUCUUCUCUCUGUCUUGUAUCAGAUCGAGUUCUUUAAAAUUACAAUCGGACAUGUUCAUUUUUU